AUGGAUCUUCCUGACCCAUAUCUUCCAGGAGCCAUUAGUUUGUUCGAACAACUAGACAAGAAGCUGUUGGUUGUGCUCCGUGAUGGUCGCAAGCUGAUCGGAUAUUUGCGAUCGAUUGACCAAUUCGCUAACUUGAUACUCGAGGACGUCGUUGAGCGAACAUUCGUUGAAAAAUAUUUCUGUGAAACAGGUCAAGGGUUCAUGCUGAUACGAGGAGAGAAUGUAGAAUUAGCCGGCGAAAUCGACGACAGUAUCCCUACUGGACUAACACAGGUGUCACCCGAAGAGUUCCGUCGUAUCGAAGAUGAAUACCUUGCAAAAAAUCCUCCAAAAUUCCUGAAACGCCAAGCUGAAAAGACAGAAGAACAUGAAGCCUGA